AAAAUUCUUUUGUUUGAAACAUUUUGACGGCAUUCUAUCAUACGUUUUCUCUUUAAAAUCAGUUUAAAUCAUCUUUCGAUGUAACCAAUCUCAUUAGCCAAGCCUGUCCAUUGUUGCUUCAGAUUCAUGGCAGCUCAAUGGCAGGGAAAAUCCCUUAAAUGUCUUCUCAUUCUCUUCCUUUCUUCUUUACUCAUUGCCGAUUCAUCCAUCUCCGACCCUCAACUCGAGGCCUUACUGGCUUUUAAAGCUUCAAUAAGCGAUGAUCCUCUUGGUGCUUUGUCGAAUUGGACAAGCUCUAUUCACCAUUGCAAUUGGACUGGAAUCUCUUGUGAUCCUACCUCAACUGCUGUAGUUUCUAUCACUCUAAUUCAGAUGCAACUGGAAGGUAUCUUAUCUCCAUUUCUUGGCAAUAUCUCCACCCUUCAGGUCAUUGAGAUCAGCUCAAACAAACUAUCUGGAUCAAUUCCUCCUCAGCUUGGGCAAUGCUUAGAACUUACCGAGUUGGACUUCUAUGAUAAUCAACUCUCGGGUAUAAUCCCUGCUCAGCUUGGAAACUGUAAGAAUCUUCAGGCCUUGGAUCUGGGUUCUAAUGUCUUAGAAGGAAGCAUCCCAGAGAGUCUCUGCAACUGCACGUCGUUACAAGGAUUGGGUUUUGACACUAAUAAUCUCACUGGUUCUCUCCCUUCUUGCAUCGGAGAUUUGAUUAAUCUCAAAUUCUUCAAGGCUAGCACCAAUGGCUUAGUAGGUUCCUUCCCUCCUUCAUUUGUUAGGCUGCAAGGUUUGGAAAUUCUAGACCUCAGUGACAAUCAUUUAUCAGGAAUUAUACCUCCUGAGAUUGGAAACUUCUCGCAUUUAUCCAUACUCCAACUCUUCAUGAACCAACUUGAGGGGCCAAUUCCAGCUGGGCUAGGCCGGUGCACAAACCUCACACUCUUGAACAUCUAUAGCAAUAAGCUUACUGGUGUCAUUCCUGAUGAACUUGGAAAUCUCGUCAAAUUAGAAGCUUUGCGGUUGUAUGACAAUUGGUUGUCUUCCACAAUUCCCGCAUCUCUAUCUCUUUGCAAAUCUUUAGUAUUUCUCGGACUUUCUCAAAAUUUGUUAACCGGAUCAAUACCUGAAGAACUUGGUUCUUUGAGUUCACUUAAAGUUCUAACUCUUCAUGAAAAUCAAUUGACAGGAGAGAUUCCUGAAACAUUUGUGAAUUUGACCAACCUCUUCUAUUUGGCUCUCAGUUUCAACUCUUUAUCUGGGCCACUUCCUUUGGACAUCGGAUCAUUGUAUAACCUGGAGAAAUUAAUCAUUCAUACCAAUCAAUUUACAGGACCCAUUCCACCAAGCAUCAGCAACUGCACCCAUCUUGUGAAUGCAAGUCUGACUUACAAUAGAUUUACUGGUGUUAUACCUUCAGGUUUGGGUAUGUUGGAGAACCUCACGUUCUUUUCACUAGGAAGGAGUUCAUUGUCAGGAUCUAUUCCAGAAGAUUUGUUCAAUUGUACCAAGCUUUCCGUUUUGGAUCUUUCAGAAAACAAUCUCACAGGAUUUCUGAGCCCUGCUAUUGGCAAGCUAAACAAUCUAAGAAAGUUGGUUUUAGGCUACAAUUCUUUUUCAGGUUUCAUCCCUCCUGAGUUAGGAAAACUUAGCAUGUUGUUGGAUUUGCAACUAGGUGGUAACAACUUAUCAGGUCAAAUCCCUUCAGAGAUUUCAAAAUUAUCAGCUCUCCAGGGGCUCUCUCUUGAGGCAAACUCUUUUGAAGGAGCAAUUCCUGAGCAAAUCUUUGAGCUUAAGAAUCUGAAUGGCCUGAGGAUUCAGUUUAAUCAAUUUUCUGGUAGAAUUCCAGAUUCUAUUUCCAAUCUCCAGUCACUUCAAUACUUGAAUCUCUGUGGAAACAAGCUCAACGGUUCCAUACCAAGAUCCAUGACCAAUCUAAAUCAGCUACUGUCAUUGGACCUGUCCCACAAUCUCUUAACUGGUCCUAUUUCUGGAUCAUUGGUUGCUGGCUUGAAGAACUUGCAGAUGUAUCUCAAUCUGUCACACAAUAUGUUUGUUGGUUCUAUACCAAAUGAGUUCAGUGCAUUAGAGAUGGUUCAAUCCAUAGAUAUUUCAAACAACAAUCUCUACGGGAGCAUUCCUUCAGCACUCCAAGGUUGUAAGAAUCUACAAUACCUAGAUCUUUCUGUAAAUAUGCUAUCUGGACAAUUACCUGUGACUUUAUUCCCAUAUUUACAGCUUCUUACAACUUUGAAUAUAUCAUACAAUAAUUUGAGUGGUGAACUCCCACCCAGCAUAGCUGCCCUGAAACAGCUUACCUCUCUUGAUGUUUCUCAUAACGGGUUAAGUGGUGGAAUACCUGAGAGUUUGGGAAACCUUACAAAAUUAAAACAUCUUAACCUUUCAUUCAAUCGGUUUGAAGGUCCUAUUCCAGACAUAGGGAUAUUUCAAAGCAUAAAUGUGUCCAGCUUGCUAGGUAAUCCUGCACUUUGUGGUUCAAAUCAUUUCUCUUCCUGCAAGAGUAGAAGCCGCAGGUUCUCAAAGAAAGGACUUAUCAUUGUUGUCGCAUUGUCAUCUUUCUGUCUGCUCUUUUUGGUAGUGCUGGCUAUCCUGGUCCUUAAACGACGGCAAAAGCAGAAUCCAAGCCCACAAUCUGACUUGUAUCUUAAAUCGGAAGCUUCAUUUAUUCCUAUAUUGAAGAAGUUCACUCGAAGUGAGUUAGAAUCAGCUACUGGGUUAUUUAGCAGUGAAAAUGUGAUUGGUAGCAGCAAUUUGAGCAUUGUCUACAAGGGCAGGCUUGAAGGCACUGGUCAGAUUAUAGCUGUAAAGAAGCUGAACCUUAUGCAGUUCCCCGUCGAGUCUGAUAAGUGUUUUCUUACUGAAUUGAGGACUUUGACUCAUCUAAAGCACAGGAAUCUAGUCAGGGUUUUGGGUUAUGCUUGGGAAUCUGGGAGGCUUAAAGCUCUGGCUUUGGAGUUCAUGGAGAAUGGCAAUUUGGAAACCAUUAUUCAUGAUCCGGAUGUAUGUCGAAGUAGAUGGAAUCUUUAUGAAAGGUUAAGAGUUUGUACUUCGAUUGCCAGUGGAUUAGAAUACUUGCACUCUGGAUAUGACUUCCCCAUUGUUCACUGUGAUCUCAAGCCUUCAAACAUUCUUCUAGAUAAAGACUGGGAAGCACAUGUUAGUGACUUCGGGACUUCUCGCAUGCUUGGUGUUCAUUUACCCGAACAAAGCAGCAGUUCCACUUCAUCAGCAUUUCAAGGAACCAUUGGAUAUAUGGCACCAGAGUUUGCGUACAUGCCAAGGGUGACCACAGAGGUGGAUGUAUUUAGCUUUGGAAUAGUUAUGAUGGAGUUCUUCACCAGGAAAAGGCCAACAAGGAUUACAGAGGAUGGUGUGCCGCUGACCUUGAAUCAGCUUGUAGAAAAAGCCCUUGAUGAUGGAUUUUGUACUGCUCUUAGCAUAAUAGACCCUGAAAUAUAUCUUUCAGGCAAAGUGGAGGAAGAGAAGGCUGUUGGUGUUCUGCAACUAGCCUUGUCGUGCACAAAAUUCACUGCCGAGGAUCGUCCAACUAUGAAAGAAGUGCUGUCAUCUCUGCUAAAGCUUACUGAUGUAUAAGUGUAGAGGACAAAUUGGUUGCUGGGGUGGAUCCAGACCAUUUUUUUAGGGUGGGCAAACUCUUGCGAUUUGCAAAUGCGAAGGCUGGCGAUUGCGAAGGCGAUCUGAUCUUGCGAGUUGCGAACGAUGGAACGAGAGGGCUUCGAGCCUUCGACUGUGAUUCUGCGAACGAUGGGAGGCGGGAUGGUCACGAUUAAUAAAUUGAGGGUAAAAAAGUUCUUAGAGUGGGGGCAAAAUUCCAAAAAAGCCCUCUCUACUGAAUAUAUUUCUAUUUUCAGGGUGGGUAUGUGCCCCUUGAAGCUUUCAAUUUAUGUUGAUAAAGAAAUAUAAAUAAUUGGACUUCACGUUUGGACUUAUGUUUUUGAGAUGAAUGUGUUCGGCCUUCGAUAGAUUAGACUCGGCAUUGAUUUUCUUUGAUUUAUCUCUCAUUAAGGAAAUAUCUUCUCAGUCAAAGUAAAUGAUUCUGAAUACAAGCUGUUAUGAUAAAUACUAUCUUGUAAUCAUGAGCAUAUAGGAUUUCAUUUUCUGUUGCCAACUUCUGACGUUUC